CUCGCUCGCUCGCCCGCUCGCGCACCGGGCCACGCAGAGCCGUCCACCGCUUUAGCACGCCCCUCUUCUGCCGGCCUGUGGCGGACGGUAGCGCCUCCUUCUGCUCUCCCCUGGAGUUGCUCGCCGCCCUCGCCCCCCUCCCCCCCACUGUGGGACAGACCGCGGCAGCAGCCGGCCGAGCGCCGACUCCAAGGUUGCCCAGGCGCCCGGCCCUCCCGGCCUCGGUUUCCUGAGGAGAAGCGCGGGUCCCGCAUGAGCCCCGGCGGUGGCGCCAGCGAAAGGGAACGAGGCGGUGGCGGGCGGCGGCGGCGGACGAGGGCGACCAGGACCAGCGAGGCGGCCGCAGCUGGGAGGGCCGCAGCCCAGGCGCGGGGGCGAGGAGGACAGGUUAAAAAUCUGUAAGAGCCUGAUUUUAGAAUUCACCAGCUCCUCAGAAGUUUGGCGAAGUAUGAAUUAUUAAGCCUACGUUCAGAUCAAGUUAGCAGCUAGACUGGUGUGACAACCUGUUUUUAAUCAGUGACUCAAAGCUGUUAUCACCCUGAUGUCACCGAAUGGCCACAGCUUGUAAAAGAUCACCAGGAGAACCCCAAUCUGAGGACAUUGAAGCUAGCCGAAUUGACUUGUUAUUUCCACUGUGGCUGGCAACUACGUUUCUACUUUUUGUCUGUGAGUUUGGUGCUUCUAACUACCUCAAGAAGCGAGCAGCUGCAAAGCAUCUAAUAGAACGCUACUACCACCAGUUAACUGAGGGCUGUGGAAAUGAGGCCUGCACGAAUGAGUUUUGUGCUUCCUGCCCAACUUUUCUUCGUAUGGAUAACAAUGCAGCAGCUAUUAAAGCCCUGGAGCUUUAUAAAAUUAAUGCAAAACUCUGUGAUCCUCAUCCCUCCAAGAAAGGAGCAAGCUCAGCUUAUCUUGAGAACUCAAAAGGUGCACCAAACAACUCAGAGAUGAACAAGAAGGAAGGAAAAGAAGCUAGAGCCGAUUUUAAAGAUGUGAAUUACUUAACCGAAGAGAUAGUAUAUGAAGUAUAUGAAUUAUGUAGAGAGAGUGAGGAUUACUCCCCACUAAUUCGCUUAAUUGGAAGAAUUUUUUCUAGUGCUGAGGCAUUGGUUCAGAGCUUUCGGAAAGUCAAACAACACACCAAGGAGGAAUUGAAAUCUCUUCAAGAAAAGGAUGAAGACAAGGAUGAAGAUGAAAAGGAAAAAGCUGCAUGUUCUGCUGCUGCUAUGGAAGAAGACUCAGAAGCUUCUUCUUCAAGGAUGGGCGAUAGCUCACAGGGAGACAACAAUGUACAAAAAUUAGGUCCUGAUGAAGUGACUGUGGAUAUUGAUGCUAUUAGAAGGGUCUACACCAGUUUGCUCGCUAAUGAAAAAAUAGAAACUGCCUUUCUCAAUGCACUUGUAUAUCUGUCACCUAACGUGGAAUGUGACUUGACAUAUCAUAGUGUGUAUACUCGAGAUCCUAAUUAUCUCAAUUUGUUCAUUAUUGUAAUGGAGAAUAGUAAUCUCCACAGUCCUGAAUAUCUGGAAAUGGCAUUGCCACUAUUUUGCAAAGCUAUGUGUAAGCUACCCCUUGAAGCUCAAGGAAAACUGAUUAGACUUUGGUCUAAAUACAAUGCAGACCAGAUUCGGAGAAUGAUGGAAACAUUUCAGCAACUUAUUACUUACAAAGUCAUAAGCAAUGAAUUUAAUAGCCGAAAUCUAGUGAAUGACGACGAUGCCAUUGUUGCUGCUUCAAAGUGUUUGAAAAUGGUUUACUAUGCAAAUGUAGUGGGAGGGGAAGUAGACACAAAUCAUAAUGAGGAAGAUGAUGAGGAGCCCAUACCCGAGUCCAGCGAAUUGACACUUCAGGAGCUUUUGGGAGAGGAAAGAAGAAAUAAGAAAGGUCCUCGAGUGGAUCCACUAGAAACUGAACUUGGCGUUAAAACUCUAGAUUGUCGAAAACCACUUAUCUCCUUUGAAGAAUUCAUUAAUGAACCACUGAAUGAUGUUCUAGAAAUGGAUAAAGAUUAUACUUUUUUCAAAGUUGAAACAGAGAACAAAUUCUCUUUUAUGACAUGUCCCUUUAUAUUGAAUGCUGUCACAAAGAAUUUGGGAUUAUAUUAUGACAAUAGAAUUCGCAUGUACAGUGAACGAAGAAUCACUGUUCUCUACAGCCUAGUUCAAGGACAGCAGUUGAAUCCCUAUUUGAGACUCAAAGUCAGACGUGACCAUAUCAUAGAUGAUGCGCUGGUCCGGCUAGAGAUGAUUGCUAUGGAAAAUCCUGCAGACUUGAAGAAGCAGUUGUAUGUGGAAUUUGAAGGAGAACAAGGGGUAGAUGAAGGAGGCGUUUCCAAAGAAUUUUUUCAGUUGGUUGUGGAGGAAAUCUUUAAUCCAGAUAUUGGUAUGUUCACAUAUGAUGAAGCUACAAAAUUAUUUUGGUUCAAUCCAUCCUCUUUUGAAACGGAGGGUCAAUUUACUCUGAUUGGCAUAGUCCUGGGUCUGGCUAUUUACAAUAACUGUAUACUGGAUGUCCAUUUUCCCAUGGUUGUCUACAGGAAGCUAAUGGGGAAAAAAGGAACCUUUCGUGACUUAGGAGACUCUCAUCCAGUUUUAUAUCAGAGUUUAAAGGAUUUGUUGGAAUAUGAAGGGAAUGUGGAAGAUGAUAUGAUGAUUACUUUCCAGAUAUCACAGACAGAUCUUUUUGGUAACCCAAUGAUGUAUGAUCUAAAGGAAAAUGGUGAUAAAAUUCCAAUUACAAAUGAAAACAGGAAGGAAUUUGUCAAUCUUUAUUCAGACUACAUUCUCAAUAAAUCAGUAGAAAAACAGUUCAAGGCAUUUCGAAGAGGUUUUCAUAUGGUGACUAAUGAAUCUCCCUUAAAGUACUUAUUCAGACCAGAAGAAAUUGAAUUACUUAUAUGUGGAAGCCGGAAUCUAGAUUUCCAGGCACUAGAAGAAACUACAGAGUAUGACGGUGGCUAUACCAGAGAAUCUGUUGUGAUUAGGGAGUUCUGGGAAGUUGUUCAUUCGUUUACAAAUGAACAGAAAAGACUCUUCUUGCAGUUUACCACAGGCACAGACAGAGCACCUGUUGGAGGACUGGGUAAAUUGAAGAUGAUUAUAGCCAAAAAUGGCCCAGACACAGAAAGGUUACCUACAUCUCAUACUUGCUUUAAUGUCCUUUUACUUCCGGAAUAUUCAAACAAAGAAAAACUUAAAGAGAGAUUGUUGAAGGCCAUCACAUAUGCCAAAGGAUUUGGCAUGCUGUAAACAAAUAAGAAAAGAAAGAAAGAAAGAAAGAAAAGGAAAGAAAAAAGAAAAAGAUUUUAAAACGUAAUAAAUAUAAUAGGAGGGAUAAUUUGGUGGUGAUAGUGUCCCAGUACAAAAAGGCUGUAAGAUAGUGAACCACAGUAGUCAUGUAUGUCUGUGCCUCCCUUCUUCCUUGGGGACAUUGCGGGCUGGAACAGCAGAUUUCAGCUACAUAUAUGAACAAAUCCUUUAUUAUAAUUAUUUUUUUGCGUGAAAGUGUUACAUAUUCUUUCACUUGUAUGUACAGAGAGGUUUUUCUGAAUAUUUAUUUUAAGGGUUAAAUCACUUUUGCUUGUGUUUAUUACUGCUUAAGGUUGAGCCUUUUUGAGUAUUUAAAAUAUAUAUACCAACAAAACUACUCUCGCAAGGAAAACAUUGCCACCAUUUGUAGACCAUGUAAUCUUCAAGUAUGUGCUUUUUUUUUUUUUUUUUUUUUUUUGUCCCUGUA